AUGUCUGUGAAGAUGGAGACGGAUGCCGGCGGAGUCCCCAGGGCGCGCCUGUCCGCUGUGCCCGGAGCCGAGUCCGCCGAGCUGGAGAAGCCCCGCUGCUCCAGCACGCCCUGCUCCCCCGUCAAGAGCACCAUCUCGGGCUACCAGAUCGUCCACAUGGACUGCAACUACCUGGUGGGCUUCACCACGGGGGAGGAGCUCCUGAAGCGGGCGCACAAGCGGCCGGGGGGCGAGAAGGCCCCCUCCGCCGCCGCGGGCCCCCCCGCCACGCCCGAGGCCACGCCCAACCCGCUCGCCAAACCGCUGGAGGCCGGGCUCCACCGCGCCUCCCGCAUCUACAAGACCAAGAGCCGGCACUACCAGCCGUACGACAUCCCGGCGGUGAACGGGCGGAGACGCAGACGCAUGCCCAGCUCCGGAGAACGCUACCUCAGGCCCGCUCCUCUGGGGGAGCCCGGCCGGGCCUUCCACGGCCCCCUGCCGCUCUGUCUGCUGCGGGGGAAGAGGCCCCACCCUAAGUCCCUGGACUACCUCAACCUGGACAAAAUGGCCGCCCUGGAGCCGGCGGACACCGAGGUGCUGCAGUGCCAGCUCCAGCACCUCACGCUGAGGGGAGACCGAAUGUACGCCCGGAACACGACCUGAGCCCGGGGGGGCCGCGCCCGCACACCCCCCCCCCCCGCUCCCAACCCCCAGCGCUGUUCCGCAGAACGUCUGUUAGCUAUGCCUGGCUUGCGCCUGUUUCUCCCGGGAGACCGUCAAUGGGUCUUCAGAAAAAUGGGUAGUCAUCCACAAAAAAAAAAUACAAGAAAAAAAAAAAAAGAAUCUUGUAACUUGUGGACUUUACACUUUUAGGGGUCGCUUGUGCUCAAUGUUAUGUGGCCCAUGCUAGCACAAGAAACUAAACUGUUUAGUAAAAAUGUGUGGUGUUUUGAGAGGGGUAACUUGAAUCGGAAGAUGGGGGUCAUUCAGGUUUAGCAAUAACUUGUGUCCUUAAUAAUUUAAGAAAAAAUGUGUGUACGCGUGUGCGUGUGUGUGUGUGUGUGUGUGUGUGUGUGUGUGUGUGUGUGUGUGUUUGUUAUCAAAUCUGUUAAUGGACGUUAUGAAAUUUGCAAAAUGUUAUUUAUUUUCUGCCUUUACAGCUACAUAUCUGUGAUUAUUUACACUUCUUUAGGAAACACAAUGGCACACCUCUGCUAAACCAGAAAACAGCCCACCUGUGAAGCUUUGUCCCAUUUAGGCUAUAUGUCCAUAUCGGGUGAUUUUAUGUAAAAAAUACCGACUGUUAACAAUCAGGAUUAUUUAAACCUGAUCGUUUGACUGGAUUUAUAGAUUUAUAGAGGGGUCACAAUUUUGUUAAGUAAUUGUGGAAGAAGUAAGGGUUUGUUUCACCCUUUUUGUCAGUAUCUUGUGUGGACACUAAACAGUCCUAAUUGUGAAGUAGAAGCAAAGGAAAAAGAGGAAAUAAUCGUUUGAUUUUGAUAUUACAUGUGAUGCAGGUGUGUGGUCUCUAAAUUACAUAGCUGUAGAAACCAAAGGAACACAUGACGGGUUUCCUGAGAAGACUUGACUUAAGCUGUCUUUUUCCUUUUCAUGUUUUAAGCCAGUCCCGGAAGAUAUGACAAUCAUCUUUAUGUGUAUAUAUGACUCCAUUAGGGAUGCGUUGAAGACAGCAUCAAGUCGGCUGCUUUAGAUUUCAAUAAUCUUUCACGAAACAUUAAUUUACCUUUGAUUGAAUAGCUGUGACAUACCAAUUUGUUUCAUUUUUAUGCUGGCUAACCUCAAUCCUGUUUUUCUGUUGUUUUCUAGGGGCAAUAGAAACCAAAUGUUACAAAUUGGUUUACAUAUAGGAAGUAAAAGUAGACCGUACUGUAUUGUUUAUACUGUACUGUUUGCGAUUUGAAUAAAAAUAUGGUAAGAUGUGA